AUGCGUUCCAUCAUCUUCCUGUCUCUCAGCGCUCUCGCCGCCGUCGCAGCUGCGGCUUCCAAGGCCAAUCCUUUCAAUAUUCCCGCCAAUGGUUACCAGUUCACCGCUGGUGAGGCCACUACUCUGUCCUGGGAGCCUACCACCAGUGGAACUGUCACUCUCAAGCUUCAAUGGGGCACCGUCUUCACUGGUUCCUCUGGCUCAACCAUUGUCUCAAGCAUUCCCAAUUCUGGAAGCUACACCUGGGAUGUUCCUUCUGACAUUGCUGCUCGGCCUGAUUACACCAUUGAGAUCGUUUCCGAUGAGGACACCACCGAAACUAACUACUUGAACCGUUUCACAGUUGCAGGAGCUACUGGCAUUGCGUCGAGCUCCACGGCUUCUGCGACUACCACUAAGACGAAGACCGCCUCUACCACGUCCACCGCGACCACUACUAGCGGAACUCCCUCCACCAUGACCACUGUGACUUCGACUACUGCUUCUACCUCCAGCAGCUCUUCGACCACCAGCAGCAGCUCGUCCACCACUGAAGCUUCGACUACCACCCAGGCUUCUAGCACGAGCUCCGCCACUGCCUCACCUACCACGGUCCCCAACGCCAAUGGCGGUGUCAUCAACCGGAUCUCCGGUGGCAUGAUGGCCCUCGUCAUGGGUGUCAUUGCGUUCAUGUAA